CUUCACUGUUUUCUGAGAAACAAAUCUCAGUCUCUUUCUUUCUUUCUUUCUUUCUUUGCGCUGCUGCUGCUUUCGCAAUGACCAGUCGCAAGUACUUUACGGACACGCUCUUGUUUGUUGCCAAUGCACGAGUGGUUUCGCUCAGCCGCCGAGCUCCAGCUGCAUCUACCACUCAAGCGGCUGCAUCUGCCGCAUCAUCAUCCUCACCAGGCCUUGAUCUCGUCCUGGAUGAGACCAUCAUGCACCCACAGGGCGGUGGACAGCCGUCGGACGUCGGAUUCAUUCAGUGGGAUGCACAGCCCGAGCGGCGAUUCACGGUCGUCGAUGUCCGCGCUGACAAGGGCGCCGCUGCUGUCGUUCACCAUUACGGCUCGUUUGGAUCGCAGGAUUUGGACGACGCGGCCCUGGCGACUGCCUCGGCGGGAGCGCCAGUGACGAUUCACGUAGACGAAAGCAAGCGUCGACUGCAUGCGCGGUUACACUCUGCAGGGCACUUGCUCGACUCGGCAGUGCGCAAUCUUGGCCACACGGGGCUGGUCCCGUCCAAGGGGUAUCACUUCCCCGACGGCCCGAAUGUGGAAUACCUCGGCGAGCUCGAGCAGACUGUGCGCGAUGGCCUGCCUGCUGCGCUCAACAUUGAGCUGCAGCGUUUGAUUGCGACUGGCGGAGAUGUUCAAGUCAAAUACGUUCCGACAUCCACGCUCGAAGGCGGCGGCUCUGGUCAUUCGCUUGCCGCACCGUCCGCAGUGCCGGCUCAAGAAACCUCAGAGCCAUUGAGAUACGACUCGCCCGACGCCGUCCGAAUGGUCAACAUUGGGGGUGUCGAGUGUCCGUGCGGCGGAACUCAUGUCAAGUCGAUUGGCGACUUGCAAAACGUCAAGGUGACCAAGGUCAAGCGAGCCAAGGGUACACUGAAGGUGUACUAUGAGGUUUCGCCCAUGUGAGAGAUGGUUGGGGGCGUUCAUUUUGUUCUCAAACCGAAAAAGAUACUAUGUUGUGCAGCAAUCAUCCGCUUCUACUGUACGCUCGUAAUUUUUCCCC